UAAGGUUGGCGCUGUGGUCUUCUCAGUUGGACUUUCUAGCUAGCGGCCGGUUCUUCAGUUAGUUUGUGACAUAAGCCGAUUGCGGAAAGAACUUGAGUCGAGUGAUUUUGUAACCGCCGACUCGAUCAUCAGUUUGCUGGUAAAAGCCGACCCGACCCGUUCGUUGCCAAGAAAAUGAACCUCGCUUCCUGCGUCGUGACCCGAUCGUGUGAAACUAAGUAGUGUUUGCGGUUAUUGAAAUUUUAAGUUACCGAAAAAAAAAACUUCCCGCAAAACGUCCCAACAAAGUCAGUGCAAUGUUUAGCUUUUUCAAACGUUCCAAAUCGCAAAAAUCAAAACAAAAGCAAAACCAAUCGCAGCAUUCCGGUGGCUGCAACAACGAUGCAUCGAAGGAUGCGGUGCGUGGCGCGUGUGAUUCAAGUAACAUAGCAACACCCUCGGCUGCAACAACCCUUCUUCCUCCUCAGCCGGCCGCGAGUUCGAGCGAUCAAGAUGGCUGCAUUCUAGCAGAGGUGGUAAAACAAACUACGGAACGUGAUGUUUCCGAGUGCGGUGGAAAUGACGGGCCAACGGCGGCGUCGAAUGGAAACGUUAAAAAUAAUCCGAGUUCACCGCCAACCGCGACUAGCAUUUUCGGCGGCAGUCCGAGUGAUAUAAUCCGCGCGAACGGUCGUUCGUUCGACGUCGAGGACGACGGCACAGGCCGCGGUGUAAUCGAAUUUGUGGAUCAAGAGGGUGCUGAGGAGUGGUGCGAACAAGGCAACGCCAAUGAGGACGAAAGCCGAGAGGAUACAUGUUUGUCACAGCAGCUUCAAGUACGAGAGGAAACGUACUGUCCGAAAUCAGAGAAAUCAGCUAGUGACAAUCAAAACGCGAUCCCGUUCGAAUGUGCCAUGGCGAAAGGAAAAAACAAAAGACGCUAUCAGCAGCAGCAGCAGCAGCAGCAGCAAAGUGGCAAAGGUAACAAUCAACACCAAGGGCAGAAGCCACAAGCAAGCAAAGGUAACCACCACCUGUCGUUGAAGCCAGAACUUAACGGCAAAGAAGACCUCGAGAAAGUCAGCGGCCCCAUCAUAAACUCGCCCGCGAUAGCCAAGACUGUGAAAAAUGUACAACCAACUGAUAGUAAAGUAAAUCGAAACGAACAUAAUAAUUCUAAUGAUGUGAAAACGGUGGGAAGCGACAACGAAAAUGUCAAUUUUAUCGAGAAUCAUCCGUGGCCAUCUCCUAUGGUGGCGUGUGACGUCAAUAAUGUCAGCCGUAACGUUGAAGAUCACGAGGUUAAAAUUAGCCUCGUGGGAAAUCCGCCGACUAAUAACAAGCCCUCGAACGACAAGACCGAGAAUGAAUGUGUGAGUGUCGCGAAUCAGGAUCAAACUGCGACGCCGCCGGCACAAUCCGUGACAUCAUCGGCCCCGUCGUACACGCAGACAACACCAAACGAUGACGACACUGUUGAUGAAUUAUUAAACGACAUCAAUGGCGGUGUUUCUGUACCAGAAAAUACUGUCCUCCCAACUGCUGAGCUCCAUUCAUCAGUUGCUUCUCACGAGAUUAAAGAGGAUGUUCCUCACGAUUGGACCGGCAGUAGUGAUCCCGUAACUAACAGAGACAAUACUUCCAUCGGGGAAAUGGGUCAGCAGCCAAGUAAACCCAACAUCAACCAAACCAGCAGUAGACGUUCAGUUACGCCAAAUCGUAAUCCGCAAACCACGACCAACCAACCGAUAAUAGUGCAAGUAAAACAAGAUGCUCCUCGGGAUGAUAUUAGCGACGAUCGAGAUAUCUUCUACGAGGCGACGGAAUCCUUAUUGUCCACCUCAUCAUCACCCGUCACAUCCCCCCUGGAUGGCCCUGAUAAAGCCGUUGCAUUUGAAGAACCGAUCCUGCACCCAAAAAAAGAAGAAUCGCCUCUCAAAGCCGCCCUAAUCAACCCUCAGCAUCAAAGUGAACCUCGAACAAGCCCAAAAAAGCGAGUAGUGUUUAGUGAACAGCUCAUUAUCGAAGGAAAUCCGCCUCAGGAUUUAGAUUUAUGCAAUCACCUUUGCGAUAGUGGGGCCAGUAGUGGUCUAAGCAGCACCAGUGCUAGCACCGAAUCUCUCCCGAACGCGUUAAUUUUAGAAGCAGAAAAUUAUGAGCAAGUCGUUGCGAAAAAUAAUGAUGAACAAAUGCAUGCGGAAUUUUCACCCACCAAAAACACCCUCGAUUCGCUUGUGAAUAACAUCCAGAAUAGUGUGAAUGUGUUGCUCAGUGUUAGUAAUCAGGAUCAACAACAUGCAUUUACUAGUGAUAAAAGUGGCGUUCGUGUUCCGUCUUCCAUGAUCAUCACCACAAAUCCAUCACCCAACAAACUAAUCGAGUUUCAAUAUGAUCACAGUAGUGAGCCAAGUGACCUAAGUGACAAAGAUAAGCCGUCGCACAAAUUAGAAGAAAAUGAAAAAAAUGACGCCGAUCCACCUACCCAGCCUUCUAUUGCGAUCGAUAACGGUGACGUUAUUGACCAUCGCCGAAAGGAUUCGUCGCCAUUGAUCGUGGAAAACAGCAGCAGCGCCAAACUGAUCGUCGAAGACAGCAUCAGCCUCCCGGAUGUGGUUCAGCCGACCCCCAUAGAGAAAAGUGCCAAACAGCCGUUCACCACCGUUGACGCGAUCAACAGUGAAAUGAAGGAGCUGGUCAACCAGGAAACACGCUACAGCGUGAAGCUAGAAGAUGCCGAAAAGCGAGCCAGUGAAGCGCAAACCAAGGUCUACGAGCUGCAGAUCCGACUGGACCAAGUCGAGCGGGAUGUUUCGGUGAAAGAAUGCAACAUUGAACGUCUGAAAGCGGAACUUGAGGCAGCAUGCAAAGAAUGCGAGGGCAUCCGGAACCGACUGCGAUCGCAGGAGUCCGAGUUGACCGCACUAAGACUGAAGUCCUCCGACCGGGAGGAUGAACUAAAUCUUAAGUACCAAAAUCUAGAGGUAGAAAUGCUAGAGCUGAACGAGAAGCUGAAGGAAGUUCGCGAGCUGGCACGGGAUCUGAACGCGCAGCUCAGCGAAGCCAAGCGGGGGGCUGAGAAGCUGCAGCAGGAACGGGACAGUUUGCUGGACCAGCGCGCCGAGAGUGAGAAACUGUUCAAGGAAGCGCUGGAGUUGGCAUUGGCCGAGCGGGCCCAGAUGGAGGCCAAGUGGAAGAACGAGUUCGAACAGCUGCGGACGGUUAACUCCGAUCGGCAGGAACAGUUCAUGGAGGACUGCGAGUGGAAAAUCCGGACGAUGCAAAAGAGCUGCAAGGAGAAGAUUGAAGCGGCCGAGCGGGAACGAAAGGUUGCGAUGGACAAGAUGGCCCGACUGGAGCAGGAUUCGAGAAAACAGGCCGAAGAGGUUAAACACUUGCGAUCGUACGAGGCAGAGGUGUCUCAGCUUCGGGGUCUAACGUAUGACCAGAAGGAAGCCCUGACAUCGAUGACCCGCCAGGUGGAUCAACUGAGAGCUGAACUGGAAACGGCCAACAACAAACUAGAGGCCGAAAUAGUCAAAGUACAGCAGAUCAAAAACCGUUGCGAAUAUCAACUAUGUGAAAAGGAGCGGGAAGCGCUCAGUCGGAUAGAGAUUGCCCGGGGAGAGAUCGCCAUGCAGUGGGAGGAUCGGUUGCUGCACGAAAUGAAUCGUCUCAAGAUGGAACUGGAGCAGAUGUACCUGGAGGAACGAAUAACUGCCAUCGACAAGAUUAAGAAGGAGGCGCUGCAGGAAACGGAAGCGCUGAUGCACAAAUUCAACAUGCGUGAGAGGCAACUUAAGGAAGAGAUCGAAUCUCUGAAAGGUGUCGUCGAGAAGCAGAGGAAGUUGAUGGCAGAAACACAAUCCGAAGCCGACGUCAAAGUUUUGCAGUGGAAAAUGUAUGCUGACAAGGCAGACCGGGAUCACGAAAUGAUUCUAGCAAGGGAGACAAAUCGACGGGAAGAACUCGUCGAAAGUCUAAAGGAUCAGCACGAGAAGGAGAAGACGGAUAUGGAGCAACACUUUAGUUUAAGACUGCAACAGAUUCAGGAAGAAUUUGCGCGAGAACUAUCAGACGCAACAGAACUUCUCAAGGCAUCUCACAAAAAGGAACUAGAACAACAAUGGAAACAGCUGGUAAGUGAGAAGGAGGAAGCGCUGCAGUUGAUGGAAUCACGCCACCGAGUGAGGCUAGAGGAAGCUGAAAAUAAAACAAAAGAGCUAGUGAUCAACCAUCAGCGCCAGCUAAAGGACCUCCAGGAGGAGCAUCUCUACGAACUUGGUAGCUUGGAAGCCCGGGACACCAAGAACGCUCAGGAAAUUCAAACGCUACAUAAAAAAUGUCGAUGUCUAACUAAUCUCUUCGAGGAAAUGCGAAUGCGAUAUGAGCGUCGUGAUCCAAGGCCGGAAGAUUUACAACAAAUCGACGAGCUAAAAAGUGUCAUAGAAUCACAGGACAGAGAUUUGCGGUUGCUCACUGAACGACUUCGUGAAAUGCAGUUGUUGGAACGAGAACAGCAGCAAGCGCAAAGAACCAACCAAAAUCAACAGAAACAGCAACAGCAACAGCAGCAGCAACCUAAACCACCACGAAGAUCGCGCAACCGUGGACGGAAUCGCAAUGCAAAUCAAACCGACAAUGCUACAAUAGAAGAACCGCAAAUCCAAGAGGAACCAGAACAGGAACAGUAUCAGCAACAAACGCAGCCUAUCGUGCAGUCUGUUCCGAUCGUGUGUGACGUUAUCUACGAAGAAAACGAAGCUGAUCUGAUCAAGGAAGAGCAAGACGAGGCACGCUCAGAAGAACAACGUACAGAAGACGAACCUGACAGCAGAACAGUAGUUGCAGAAGGCGUUUCUGCUCCUGUCACAGAAGCACACAACAAAACAGAGGUCAUAGUGGACGUUCCCGAUUCAGCGAUUCAAACCGAAACAACCAUAAUUCAAUCCACGGAACCCGUGUUUGUUGAAACCCCACCAGGGUCACCCACCGAAUCAACUCCAGUAAUAGAGAUCAUGGAUGAGGUAGGCGAAGAUACUCUUCCUGAACUACCUCCUACUCCUACCAUCAUCAUAACGUCAGAAGCAGAAGAGACGGAAGAGCCAACGGAAGUUUCAUUCGAACUACCACUGAAAGCCAACAGCAAACCACUCGAAGAUCAUCCCCCGGCAGAACCUGUGCCACACUUUGACCCAGCAUUAUUGGAACACACUCAGGACAAAGCAGAACCACUUAUGCCGGAAAUGAUUGUUAUUCGAAAUUCGGAAAUUUCCAACGACCCCAUUGUAGAAUGCCCGUCACAAACGCGUUCGUCUUCGACGUGAUCGAUUUUCAACUAUUUAUUAAUGUUUAUACAUAUUUACACGAAGUAGUAGGUAAUCGUAUUGAUUUGAUACGAUGCUGACGCGAGAGCUGCUGUAUUACAAUUUUAUCUCAAUAAUAACUGUUCAAAUUAGUAGGAUCGUACGUUAUGAUUGUUUUUCAUAGGGUGGGUGAUUAUCUUACGUUUAAACCAUUAAAUGCCUCAACGGAGCUUUGAACGCCGAAAGGCAGUUCCAUUGUGAGGACGAGGUUUUCUUUUAUAGGUUCAUUGAUUUCCCCAGAUCGGCGCAAACAGUAUACAUAAAACUUUAGUAACGACGUUGGUGUUAAUAGAUUCGAUCAAAGAUGUAAUCUAUUAGAGGCAGAAC